AUGUCCUUUACGGCUCGUGAGCGCUACAACCCACCACCUCGAAAGAAGAGUUGCGCGGCAUGCAUCAAGGCCAAGCGCCGCUGCGAUUUUGCCGUCCCGGCGUGUUUGAGAUGCUCGCAGCGACAGAUUCAGUGCGAGUAUCCGUCACGUACGCCGCAGGCCAAGGUCAAGGCCUCUAGUCGUGCUGCAUUCGGGCCGGAGCCAUUGCAGGACGUGCCUGUUCCUCAUGGCCCCUUGGGCGAUGACUGUACGGAGGGAGCUAAGCCAAUGGCCUGCCAAUUCGGAUCUGUUGGGGCCGUAGAUCAAGAGUCCAGCGAGCACAAUAUGCAUACAUUUCUUAGCGAUCUUGCUACUCUCGACUACGGUGCUGAGAGUCAUGACUACGAUGUUGUGCAGCAACCGUCCAUGCUAACGGCGCCAGCCACCAAGGGACUUCAUGAUCGACUGACAGAGGUUGUCGCGAGAAGACUUCAGUUCUCUUUGGAUCAAAUACAGAAAGCACCCAGGACCAUGGUGAUGGAGAUGCAGACACCGUGGUCGCACCCACUGCUCUAUGCCGACAGCAUGCCGCGUUCGAUGCAAGACGCCAUUUCUUCUUGUGCACUUUAUUUGGCAAAGAACCAAGCAAAUGCACCCGUCAUCCUUCGUUGCAUCGAGUCUCGAGUGCAGGAUUUGUUGUGCGAGCCUUUACCAACGACGCCAAUGGACAGCCUCGCUCACACCCAAGCUCUACUCCUCUACCAGAUUAUCCGCCUCUUUGAUGGCAACAUAAGCGCUCGAGCAUCAGGCGAGCGCACCAUUCCAAUUCUCGAGACCUCUGCCAUCGGCCUCCUUGCGCACGUCAUCUUCGACACCGAGGGAAAUUGUUCAGACCGUUUCGCCGAGUGCUGUCUAGCCACGCUCUCGGAUCUGUGGAAAGACUGGAUCUUCCAAGAAUCUGCACGGCGGACGCUCUUAUUUACCUUUUUCUUUCUACAGGCGUAUCGAGUGCUCACAGGCAGCCAGAACCUGUACCAGUGCGAUGGACGGCUGGGCCUGUGCCACUCGUGGAUGGUGUCAGAGCAUCUAUGGCAGGCGGAGACAGCGUUGGAUUUUAGAAACGCUUGGCGACAGAGAAAUCAUUUCCUCAUCAUUGACGGGCAAUUCACUAUAAUGUUAAGUGAAGCAAAGGCCGGUGAUGUCGACCUGUUUGGAAAGAUGUUGCUGUCCGCAGCAGUGGGAAUUCCAGAGUUGGAGGCUUGGUUUGCCAGUCGGGGCGACUUGACUGUCUAUAAGACGGUCUAUGUUGUGGGCACCUAUUGGUACUACUACCAAGAACGAUGUACUAUAAUCCUGAGACGAGCAGGGGAUACGAUUUCACCAAUCUCUCGACAACGCUGGCUGUCCACACGAGGCGGCAUGCCGCAAAACUCACGUCCAGCUCGUAGCAGAGGCUGCAAGCAAUGCUUACAACGGCACGUCAAAUGUGAUGAGCGCGUUCCUUGCUGCAGACAAUGCUCGCGCUUAGGUCUCUCUUGCUCUGGACCCAUACGUGGCGCCGUAUUCCUGGACAUGACCAGCAAGAUAUUGAAACGCGAGAGUGGCCGACGCGCCAAGGCUGCAAAGUGCAGAGCAAAAUCCCCUACGCCUACCAAUAUUCAGGAGAGUAUUGAGAAUCCAGAUGACUGCUCACCGGCUCAAUCAGCUAGCGAGCGUCCUUCGCCUUGCCCGUCGACUACCAACGGAUUUUCUUUAAUUGCCGUGUCACCCGCAGAUGAAUCCCCAGGAAUCCCGUUUCUAGAAACGCCAGAAUAUCUGGAAGAGACACUCUUCCUUGACCCUGACUCAAACGACUUCACCACACAGCCAGAUCUCGACCAGGCUCUACUCAAUAUGGCCAACGCGCAAGGGCAGCUUCCAUUCCAUCCAUUGUUGGCUGACAUUUGUAAUAAUGAAUACCACCUUGUGGGCAUAUUCGUCGAUUUAAUUACAAGUUCCAGGCGUCCCCAGCGCUCAUGGGUAUUUGAGCUACCCAACAUCAUGGCCACAACGACGUCGCCGUCUGUCAAAUUCUCAAUUCGUGCAGCAGCUCUCAUCUAUUAUGCCGUCUCAAAUAGUGAUAACGCUACUGCUGCGGAUGCACUUCAUUGGUACCUUGCCGCACUAGAGAGCUAUCGCAUGUCGCUUCACGACUCAGGCCACAGGCGUCCUUGGGAUACAAAGGCGCUAGGGAAUAGUUCAAAUGCCUCGUCGUCCUCUCUCUCUAUAGAUGAAAACGGUCAUUGCAACAUGAUCUAUGUACCCAUGAUGUUUGCCUACUUUGAACAGAUGCAAGGCGCCACUCCUGACGCAGGCCUGAAGCACCUCAAUAUAGCUUGCGAUAUACUUCAGGCCAUCGGCCCACAUGCCUGUUCCUUUGGGAUCCAACAUAAAAUGUUUCGAUCCGUUCGUUCUCUCGAGGCCUUCCAAGCUAUCCUCCGAAACAAAUCGGCAAAGUUUGCUACUGUUGAUUGGUGCCAAGUGCCAUUUGCACAAGAGCCUAAGGCACCUUGGGAUCGUAUCGUUGAUGUUGCUUUUGUAUUUCUCCGCGAGGUUCACCUCCCUCAGGUUGACGAGCCUGCUUCGAAUAUUCGUGAUGGAAUCCGCGCUAUUCAAGAUUUGCCUAGGAAGCAAAAGUUAGAGAUAGAAGUGGCAGUCAAUCGUGUCGUGGUGAAUCUUGUGGCCUGGUGGAAAGAGUAUGUGGGAGAGGAUAUUACAAUUCCUCGCAUCGCUAGACCACUCAGUUUCGAGGACACAUCGAUAUCAGCAGAGUCUUUGACACUGGCCGUGUCGCAAGGUCCCUUCAUCUACGGCGAUACACACGCCGCCGGUGCCAUCGCCCUCUUCAACGCUCUAACCAUCAUCACUCAGCACAUUUUAUUGCUCAUCGCAUUGUCGAAGCCUCCACAGACUAACCUUGGUGGACCAACUUCUGCUGUGGUAGCCUUGCAAUCGUCUAUAUAUACUCAAGCAUCAUCCAUCCUGCACGCUGCUCGAUAUAUCCGAGAGACCAAUUCAUAUUGUGGCGAUGCAUCGCGAGUGAUCUUUGCCGUCAAGAUCGUUUCGUUGCUGGCUCUGGAAGAUGAUCAGCGGGAUCAGGCUCAAGCUAUUGCUGAUGAUAGGCCAAGGCUUCCCUUACUAGCAGAGGCCCAGGUUGAGACGGUAGCUCGGUAG